UCCAGUAUCGGGCUUUAAUGGGAAUUUGAGUGGGUUAGUUUUCUGAUCAAAAGGAUGGCGACGAUGAAUCUUGAAAUAAUCUCUAAGGAGAUAAUUAGACCAUCGUCUCCAACACCCCAUAACCUUAGAAACCACAAACUUUCCUUCCUAGAUCAACUUGCACUCACCACCUAUACUCCUAUCAUUCUUUUCUAUCAUGCCAAGAAAGGCCAUGACGUUGAUCGCGUCCAAAAAUCUUCUGAGCUGAAAAAGUCCCUUGAACAAACCCUCAAUCGCUUCUACCCUUUGGCUGGAAGGGUCAAAGAAGACAACUCUAUCGAGUGCAACGAUGAGGGGGUCGAGUAUUAUGAAGCUCGAGUUGCGUGUAAGUUAUCAGAAGCUCUCCAUGAAUUCAAUGUAGAAAUCCUAAACAAAUUUCUUCCGUUUGAACCGUAUGCAAGCCAUGCAGUUCUGUUAGCUGUCCAGUGUAAUUUCUUUGAUUGUGGUGGAGUAGCAAUUGGAGUGUGUAUUUCACACAGGAUCGCCGAUGGAGCUUCAGCCGCAACAUUUCUUGGCGCCUGGAGCAAUACGUCACGUGGAGAUGCAGCAGCCGUUGAAGCUGUCUGUCCCAAUUUUGAUGCGGCGACCAUGUACUUUCCGCCGAAAGAUAUAUCUUGCGGCAAGGGAGACGCGGUGGUCACAAAGGACAAGAUCGUGACAAGAAGACUGGUGUUCGACAAAUCAAACAUAGCAGCUCUGAAAGACAAGGCCUUCUCAGUACCGAAACUCCCAACGCGUGUUGAGGCAGUUUCAGCGUUCAUAUGGAAACGUCUCAUGGCAAUAUCCAAAUCAAAACCAGUGCCAGCAAGAGUGCAUGUAGCUAUUCAUGUGGUGAACUUACGCGAGAGGACGGUCCCACCCAUGCCAAUGCAUUCCUUCGGGAAUCUUGUCUACGCUGCUGUAAUAUUAUCAACACAUGAUGAGCAUGAUAUUGAUCAUGACAGUCAUGGUAUUCUUGUGAAUAAGCUAAGUAAUGCAAUACGAGGAAUCAAUGGUGAUUAUGUGAAGAAACUACAGAACGGUGUGAUUCCGGAUUCUCUCACAAAAGGGGUCAAGCUGUCCUCAGAGGGCGGCAUGGAGAUGUAUAAGUUUUCAGCUUGGUGUUGGUUUCCUCUUUAUGAAACUGAUUUCGGGUGGGGGCAGCCUACCUGGGUCUGUCUUCCAACUGUGCCUGUCAAGAAUCAAGUCUACUUGUUGAGUACAAGAGAUGGACAUGGAAUUGAAGCAUUUGUUAACAUAUUGGAGGAAGACACGCCCGUGUUUGAUGGUGACCCAGAACUCCUUCCAUUUAUGUCUUGCAAAAUUGGUGACUGACCGCUAGCUCUUUUGAAUGCACUUUUUUUCCUUUUUUCUUUUGUAAUCAAAUAUUAUUAAUGUUUUCUAAAUUUCUGAUCUUCGUUUA